GUCAGACUUCUUGUACAACCUGGGCCAGAGAUCCAGCACAGUCAAUGUAAUAAAAGAAAGGAGCGAACUAGUAAUAUGAAACAAUUUUUCAUUAGACGUCGCUAAUGGGAAAAUUAAAGAUGGCGUCUCUUCUUUUCUGGUUCAAUCUGCUCCUUGGUCUCUGCAUAGCUGAACCUGAUGCUCACUUUGACCCCUCUUCUUGUCGCUAUGCAUUGGGCAUGCAGGACAGGACCAUCCCAGAUGAGGAUAUCACAGCAUCCAGUGCCUGGUCUGACUCUACUGAAGCAAAGCACAGCAGGUUGGAAAGUAAUGAUGGUGAUGGAGCUUGGUGUCCACUAGGCCCUGUAUACCCAAAUUAUGAGGAAUUCCUGCAGGUGGAUCUACGGAAUCUUCAUUUUUUGACCCUAGUGGGCACACAAGGCCGAGAUGGAGGAGGGCUUGGCAAGGAAUUUGCUCGACAUUAUCAACUGCGCUACAGCCGUGAUGGGUUUAAAUGGUCACAAUGGAGGGAUCGCUGGGGCAAUGAGGUAAUAGAAGGAAAUGAAAAUACACAUGACUCUGUGUUGAAGGACCUGGGGCCUCCAAUGAUUGCUCGCUAUGUGCGAUUUUAUCCCAUGGCUGACAGAGUAAUGAGCGUUUGUCUUCGCGUUGAGCUUUAUGGCUGUGUUUGGCAAGAUGGACUCCGUUCUUAUACAUCUCCUCCUGGGAAUGUGAUGAGUCUGCCUUCAAUGCUAGUUAAUCUAAAUGACUCUACAUAUGAUGGAUUUACAGUAGGCGGGCUACAAUAUGGAGGUCUGGGACAGUUGACAGAUGGAGUCAUUGGGGCAGACGAUUUCUUACAGCACAAAGAGCAGGGAGUCUGGCCUGGUUAUGAUUAUGUAGGAUGGAUGAGCAGCAACUUCCCGAAAGGAUACCUUGAAAUGGAGUUUGAGUUUGAUGCACUUAGAUCAUUUACAUAUAUGAGGGUCCACUGUAAUAAUAUGGGAUCCAGUGACAUCCAGAUAUUCCGUAGGGUUGACUGUUACUUCAAACGCUCUUUGCACACCCCAUGGGAUCCUCAGCCUGUCACUUUGUCUCUAGCGCUUGAUGUGCGAGACCCAAGUGCACGCACUGUAACUGUAUCCCUGCAAGGCAGAGCAGCCCGCAUCUUGCGCUGUCACUACUAUUUCUCCAGCCAGUGGCUGCUUAUCAGCGAGAUCUCCUUCCUUUCUGAUAUCUUGGAUGCAACAGAUCCAGAAGAACCAAGCCCGCUGCCCCCUCCUAAAGAGACACUUCCUCCACCAGCAGUAACAAAGAUGCCACAACACACCAGUAAAAUAGCAACAACUUCCAUUGGCACUACUGCCAGUCUGAAUGGGCAUGUCCUUGAGGCAGGCAUUGACAUUAGAAUGAAUCAACCAAUUGCCAAGGAUGAUAGCGGCGACACCUCUAUUCUCAUUGGAUGCCUAGUGGUCAUUAUCCUGCUUUUGUUGGUGGUUAUCAUUCUCAUUCUGUGGAGACAAAGAUGGAAGAGAUUAUUGGGCAAGGCUCAGCGACGCCCCUCUGACAGUGAUCUUACUGCUCAUUUAUCCUUGCCCACUGAUACAGUGGUUAUAAACAACACCCACAAUGCACCUGGGCCACCACGCCAUGCCAACCGAUACGAGCGUAUCAUAACCUCAGAUGGGGAAUACCAGGAACCAAGCCACAAUCCUCGUGCAAAGAUAACCACACUUUCCCUCCCCUCUGAUGGAGCAGCUCUGCUGUUAAACAACCCAGCCUAUGAGCUCCUACUCACCACCUACAGCAGGCCAAUCACAGAGCACGGUGGCCUCCAGGCUAAGCCAGUCAACAGCCAGGAAGGGGGAUAUAGGGAACUGGAGACUCCAAAAUUACCGGUUUGUCCCCCAAGUGUCCCACACUAUGCUGAAGCUGAUAUUGUUACCCUGCAAGGAGUAACAGGGGGUAAUACCUAUGCAGUACCAGCACUAACUGCUGACUCCCUCGCUUCCAAAGACUUGCCUCUUUGCAAAUUCCCCCGGGGACAUCUCCUUUUUAGGGAGAAGCUGGGAGAGGGGCAGUUUGGAGAGGUACACCUGUGUGAGGUAGUGAAUCCUCAUGAGCUCCCCACAUUACAGUUCCCUUUCAACAUGCGCAAGGGGAGAAGCCUGCUUGUGGCUGUUAAAUUGUUAAGAGCUGAUGCCAAUAAGAAUGCAAGGAGCGAUUUCCUGAAGGAGCUUAAGAUUUUGUCCCGUCUGAGCGACCCUCACAUUAUCCGUCUGCUGGGUGCUUGCCUGGAUGAAGAUCCCCUCUGCAUGAUCACAGAGUAUAUGGAAAAUGGAGAUCUCAAUCAGUUUCUGAGUUCCCAUCACCUGGAUGAAGGAGAGGAAAAUGGAGCACAUUGCCUGCCUGCUAUCAGUUACUCCAGCCUAUUGCAUGUGGCCCUGCAGAUUUGCUCUGGAAUGAAAUAUCUCUCUUCUCUUAACUUUGUACAUCGGGAUCUGGCCUCAAGAAAUUGCUUGGUGGGAGAAAACCUUACCAUAAAGAUUGCAGAUUUUGGGAUGAGCCGCAACUUGUAUGCUGGAGACUAUUACCGAAUACAGGGCAGAGCAGUACUGCCAAUUAGAUGGAUGGCCUGGGAGUGUAUACUUAUGGGCAAAUUCACGACAGCCAGCGAUGUGUGGGCCUUUGGCGUGACGCUGUGGGAAAUUUUAAUGCUGUGCAAGGAGCAACCAUAUGGUGAACUAAGUGAUGAGGAUGUGAUUGAGAAUGCAGGGGAAAUCUUCCGUGACAGCAAGAAGCAGAUAUUCCUCUUCCGACCGCCACCUUGUCCUCAGCCUCUGUAUGAGCUAAUGCUUCAGUGUUGGUCCAGGGACUGCAGAGAGAGGCCCUCCUUCCAGGACAUCCAUGCCUUGAUCACGUCCCAUCUCCUCUGCUGUUCUACUGAUGAGCUAAAGGAGUAGUGUCAGCAGAGCUGGCUGUACAACAGCCCAAGGAAGAAUGCAAGAACACACAGUAGCACUAGGCCAAUAGUUGUAGGUCACAAUAUGGCAUAAAUACAGCUCAGUCUUCAUCUCUAUAAUAAUAUAAUACCUCUUGUUACUUACCAAACACAGAACCUAGCACCCCUCCCACAGUCUUAUGCACUGUUUGUGCUGCCCACACUUACCUCCAGCAGUGCACACUAGAGAAAAUGUAGCCUUUAUGUGAAUAGCCUGUUGCAGUCCUAAACACUGGAUGUGUUGUAACAACCCCACUGCUAUAGGUUUGGAACAUACACUGUAAAUAGAGUUGCCACCUGACCGGUAUUUUACUGGCCUGGCCGGUAAAAAUGAUGGUUGAUCCCAAUGUUAUUAAUAGGGAAAAAUAGAUAAAUAUAUAGAAAGGCCGGUAUUUUUUUCCAGAAAAGGUGGCAACCCUAACUGUAAACUUUUAUUGUCCCUUCGGCCAAUUACCUAUAUGAAAACCAUUGUGAUCUGUUAUCAUGGGCCAAAUUCCCACAGAAACAUCUCUUCCUAAUAUCACAUCCUCCUGUGUCUAUAUUAUAUGGGCUGUCAAGCAUUCUAACUAAUGUAAUUCGGCACAAAGAGAACAAACCAGUGAUCUGUGGAAGUCCAUCUUGGGCCACAAUGCAGUUAGUUGGAGUAGGCUGGAAUGUCCAGGGCAAAAUUCAUAAAAGGUAGAGAGAGAUCAGAAUUGGAGCCAAAUGGAAUAAAAUGUUAUUUUACUCUAGAAAAUAAUCAAACACCUAGUUCACCAAGGUCUUAACUGUGGUUGAAGAUUUUUUCAAAGCCUUUUUAACUCCAUUUAUGAAUCGGACAUUAAUGAGAGAAACAAGUCUAGUUCUGAAAGAUCCGUAUGAUUCUUAGCUAGUGCUCCAAUUCAUCAAAGUGGUGUCUGCCCAUUAUCAGCACAAGUGUACAAAGAUGCCUUAUUUGCAAAACUGGAUUGAGACAUCCUAUUAAUGAAUAUUUCCAGUUGUAACAGACUCCUUUGUGCAUGACCCCACUGAAACAUAAUGGAGUGCUUAAAGCAACUGUUAGGGGUGGUUCACGUGUAAAUUAACUUUUAGUAUGUUAUAGAAUGACUAAUUCUAUGGAAAUUUUCAGUUGGUCUUCAUUUCUUUUUAUAGUUAUUUGCCUUCUGACACUUUCCAGCUUUCAAAUGGGGGUCACUGACCCCACCUAAAAACAAAGGCUUUGUAACAAUACCAAUUUAUUGUCAUUGCUACUUUUUAUUACUCAUCUUUCUAUUCAGUUCCUCUCCUAUUCAUAUUCCAGUCUCUUAUUCAAAUCAGUGAACCCUAGCAACCUGAUCUUGCAAACUGGAGAGCUGCUGAAUAAAAAGUUAAAUAACUCAAAAAACGCAAAUAAUAAAAAAUGAAACUCAUUUGCAAAUUGUCUCAAAAUAUCACUCUCUACAUGAUACUAAAAGUAAAUUCAAAGGUGAGCACCCCCUUUAAGGACUGCGUUAUAGAAUAAACUACACCACAGACAUAAUGUGCAUACUUUCUUUCGCUUGUUUUUCUGUAUUUGAACAAUAUUGUCGUCUGUUUGAGAGCCAGGGUAUUGCACUGGUAUUGAGCAUCUCUUGUGAUCUUUCCAUGUUAUUCUCAACACAAAACGCACCCCUAGAGUCACUACACUGCCAUCACAACAGAUUUUUUUUUUUUGCACAUUGUGAAUUAUAAGUAAAAGAAAAUGUAUGCAAACUAUGCUCAUGUUUCUAUGUUAUGUCAACCUGAAACCAUCAUUUAGAGUCCGAUUUAUCAAAGGUCGAAUUUCAAAUCCAUGCGAGUUUUUUUUGUAACUCUAAUAAAUUCGAAUAUACUCGACAUUCAAUUGGGAGGGUAUUAAAAGAGAAAAAAUUGAAUAUCUAAAACUCAAACGAAUAUUACCAACCUGAAAACUCGAAUCGAAUUCGACUAAUCUCAAAUAGAGUUUUUUCUUCAAAAAACAAAAACUUAAAUGUCAGGAGCGCUAAUAACAUCUUCAAAUUGGCCAUUGGACCUCUCCCAUUGACUUAUACAUGAACAUGGCAGGUUUAAGGUGGCAAAUAGCUGAAUUUGAAUUAUUCGCAGGGUAUAGGUUUGAUAAAUCUCAAAAUUUGAAUGUAAGCUUUCUCUUCCCUUCCCUGUGUUUGUUUCUGUUUUACUUUAGAAUGGAAGUCUUAUUAUUAUUAUUAUCAAUGAAAAGAGGUAAAAGCCUAUGGUUCCCUGUCAUUCCCAUGCAUGUACAUAUUUACAGAAUGCAUCUAUACCCAGUCCAUAUUAUACAGCACAUGUUUUGUGUAAGGUUACUUUAUGUUUGUUUUAUACCUACAUCUGCUCUAUCAAUGCACUGGAUAAUGAAAGUUUUUUUUUUUGUCUUUUAUUCAAUUUGUAUCAGUCUACUAUUUGCCAGUGUACAGUGCCAGUUAGCAGAUUCAUUUACUAACACUCCAUAAACAGAAUGGCCACACUUUACAACUGGAAAAGACUAGUAGCACUUUUGCAGAUGGUCAUUGUAUUUUUAAUAUUGGACUUUUGGUGUCACUUUUGUAAUCUUUGUCAAUUUCACAUUGGACACUUCAAUUGAUUUGAGAAUCUGUACAAUAGAUGAUUCUUCCACCAAUGCACACAAAUGAUUUCUUGGAAUUCUGCGCCUUCUUGUCAAUGGAGAAAUGAUAACAGUGGCAAUAUUUCUCAGGAAAAACUGCCAUUAUGAACUGAUUUAAAGACUUUGGAAUGUGACUGGUGCAGUACAGAUGAAGAACCGAACAGAAGAUUCUCAGACUGAAUCGGGAUUCCCAAAAUCUCUUGGUGGAAAUGAUCCUAUAAAUUUGCAGCUUUGCGUUUGCAUUUUCCUUUAAAGGAAUUUUCCAAAAAUUCUCUCCAUCUUACCCAUGUGGAAUGGACCAUGAAUAGUUGAGUGGAGACUAAAAAACAUUAUUUUGACCAUAAAGUCCGACUUUUUGGUUAAAACAGGACAGUAAUUUUAAGGGUUUUUGACAUUUCCCUGCCCUAUGCCUUUGUGUGUGUAUAUAUAGUACUGGUAAUUUAAAUUGAUCAUUGAUGUUGUGUUACAAUUUUUAUAUGACGUUAAUAUAUAGAGAUUCGAUAAGAGGUUUUACUAAUAAAAUAAAGUCUGCUUUUUUCUAGA